GCCACGGAUGUCCAUGCCUGCCACAGUCCUCGAUAAGACUUCGCUCAUGAUUGCGUUAUGGUGUUUGAAUUGACGACUUCCCUUUGACAAUAUUCACGAGCCCGCUCAACAGCUGAGGGACAGACCUUAAAGACUACUGCCUAAAUCCCAAACGUCAGCAGGCCUCCGAAACCGAUAUUGCAGACAAUCCAGCAGACACGCAUAUGGGAAAUAUUGCACAUAUAUAUAAGGCUGUUUUACUCCGGGAGCUGACCUGCUAACCUCAACAAGUCAGCUACAAGACAAUUCCGUCGAAUAUGGAAACUCCCGACGCAUCUCUCCCAUCUCCACCCACGACCUCUUCGACGUCGCCAUCAACCAAUUCCCAUAUACCUGCCAUUCAGAAGAGCUUUUCCUGCGUUCUAUGUUCGCAACGCAAAGUCAAGUGCGACAAGAACCCUCGAGGCUGUUCCAAUUGCAACAAAGCUCGCGCCCAAUGCAUAUAUCGAGCCCCUCCCCCACCUCGUCGAAGGAAGAAAAGAGGGCAGGAAGUGGACAUCACCACACGGAUAAAGUUGUACGAGGCGGCUCUUAGGAGACUUGGAGUCAAUCCCGCGGAUAUAGCUAGUGGGGAAAGCCAGCUGCUUCAGGGUGGAGACUCUGGAUCUCCAGCUGGGAAUAGCGCUGAUGAUACUCUGUUCGAUGGCAACGCCGAAGCACCACGAGCUGAUCCAGGCUUGUUCGUCGUCGAAGAGGGCAAGUCAAGGUAUCUAGAGAACAAUCUGUGGACGAGCCUGAAAGGCGAAUUUCGAGAUCCAGCAGCUUUGCUUCAAGACUCUUCAGAUGACGAGGAACCAAAAGGCACUGAAUACUCCACGCCCGAGUUCUUCCCUGAUGUGGACGACAUGCUUUUGGGUUUCCCUCGUCCCAGCGGCUCUCUUCACGAUCUCCAUCCUCCACCUGUACAGAUCUUCAGGCUCUGGCAGGUUUACCUGGAAAACGUUCAUCCUCUUGUAAAGGUCCUUCACGUUCCAACUGUACAACAGCUUCUCCUUAAUUCAAUCGGCAAUCUUGUAGCUUUGCCGAGAAAUCUGGAGGCUUUGUUAUUCUCAAUAUACUGUUGCGCUAUCAAUUCCUUGGGCGAUUCCGAGUGCGAUGCGAUAUUAGGUCAGACGAAAGUUGCUUGUGCCAGAAGAUUUCGGACAGCGUCACGCCAGGCUCUCGUAAACGCGGGCUUGCUCAAGUCUAGUGAUAUGAUAGUGCUCCAGGCAUUCGUACUUUAUUUGAUGUCUUUGAACGGCUAUGACGCAAAAUCGUUAUGGAUCUUGACCGGCGUAGCGUGUCGGCUUGGACAACGGACUGGCCUUCACCGCGAUGGUGAAACCCUUGGUUUGCCGGUGUUUGAAACAGAAAUGCGGAGGAGACUCUGGUGGCAGAUUGUUGGACAAGACGGCUACGCUGAAAAGCUUGCUGGGACAGGCACUGUCAUGAUCCUCGGCGAUACUAAGAUGCCCUCGAACUUGAACGACAGCGAUCUAUUCCCGGAUAUGAAGGAACUCCCAAAGGAGCAUGAUGGGCCUACCGAAAUGAUGUUCUUCCUGAUUCGAAGUCAUGUGGGAGACUUCCUCCGGCGCUCCGCACCCAAGGCCACCUUUGACGGAAGCUGGAGUCGACUAAGCGGCACCAGUAUUCCGACCGAGCGGAAAGACAAAGCCAUCGAUGACUUUGAAGAACUCAUUGAGCGAAAGUUCUUGAGGCACUGCGACGAAUCAAUUCCAUGGCACUUCAUGUGUGCAUUUCUUGGCAAGGCUGUCAUCUGCACAAUGAGGUUUGUAGCUCACAAUCCUUAUCAAUACGAAGACGACGGCGCCAGCAUGCCCCAGUGGGAAAAGGAUAUGCUCUUCAGCAACUGCCUGCGAAUCAUUUCGUAUCAAAAUCUAGCAUACACACAAAAGGGUGUCAAGGGGUUUGCGUGGCAUGUCAACACGCACUUUCAGUGGAAGGCGUGCAUUUACAUCCUCCAAGAAUUGAGUCGUAGAGGCGGAGACGGUGGCCACGAGGCUUGGAGGCAGCUUGGACUUACUUAUGAGUUCCAUCCGGAGUUCAUCACCGACGGGCCGAAACGGCCUCUUCUAUUUGCAAUCGGCAACCUGACUCUCAAAGCCUGGGAAGCGUUCAAACGUGGACGAUCCGAUUCUGAGCAGGACGAUCCUCAUUUCAUCCAGCUACUCCGCUCUCAAAGGUCUGUGCAAGCAGAAGCGCCACUAUCCAAACCACGCCCAGAAGAUAGCCUUUCUAUGGAGGAUAUGGCUACUAGCCUUGGCGACUAUGGAAAACCUCUAAACCCAUUGUGGGCAGGAGACGGGUUCUCCUCGACGUUUGAUUUCAAUGAACCUUUCGAUCCGCUGUCCCCUUCUGCAUUCCCACCCAUGGAGUUUGACCAGCACUGGGAGGAUUUGCUUCACAAUUUCCAGAUGCAAGGGCCGAAUGCAUAAGACCUACUCCAAUCGUAGUUCCUGUUGCCUAAGUCAGCAGCCCACGGGGUUUAAUCUUGUAUAUACAUACAGGACCUGAAUGCGUCCAGUGAAUUCGCGCAGAAAUAAAGCCACAGGUGGAAUAGGGGGGAUCAGAACAAAGGAAGCCCUUUUCUAGACUAAUUUUUACCGAGGCUGAGCUGGAUCUGCUAAAAGCACAGUACCGCGGGGCGUUCCUUUCUAUAUUAUUCCCCUUUUGCGGCUAACUUCCGUGGCUUGAUUUCCGCGAUAGUUUAUCGGACGCAUCUAGGUCCUGUAUAUCUCUCUGCUUUGCUUAAAAAUAG